AUGGAACAAGACAAAUCAUUUUCCGAGGAAAACAACCAUGGAUGGCAAAAGGUCACUUAUGCCAAAAAACAGCGCAAAAAUCAACCCGAAAAACCCAAUUCUGAUCCUUCCAGGGCUGUAUCCAAUGGAUCCUCGGAGAAGAACGGCGUUUUCAAGAAUCUGGAGAAGCACGCGGAGGAGCGACGCAGAAAAUUGGAGUCGCAACGUGCUGCCGCGAUUUAUGACGACGAGGACGAUGUUCCGGUCAGAUCGAAGAAGAAGUGGGGAGAUGAUGAGAAUGACGAUGAUACAAGUGAUGUUGAUGGUAAUGUCAAGGGGAAUAAUGCUGCAGAGGUGAAAAAGAAAGAAAAGCCAAAGAAGGAGAAGAAGCCUAAGGUCACCGUGGCGGAGGCAGCUGCGAAGCUUGAUUCUUCUGAUCUUGCGGCUUUUCUAUCCCACGUGUCGGGAUCGUAUGAAGGGCAGCAGGAUAUACAAUUGAUGAGGUUUGCUGAUUAUUUCGGGCGUGCAUUUUCUGCAGUCAGUGCGUCGCAGUUUCCGUGGCUGAAGUUGUUCAGGGAGUCCGCAUUGUCUAAAAUUGCGGAUGUACCUGUCUCUUAUAUUUCUGAAGCUGUUUACAAGAUUUCUGUUGACUGGAUCAGCCAACAUUCCUAUGAAGCUCUUGGGUCCUUCGUGUUGUGGUCAUUGGAUAGCAUUCUUGCCGACUUGGCACACCAGCAGACAGGGUCUAAGAGCUCAAAGAAAGGAGGGCAGCCAACAUCUUCAAAGUCUCAGGUUGCCAUCUUUUUAGUCUUAGCAAUGGUGUUACGGCGGAAACCUGAUGUUCUAAUCAGUCUAUUGUCUAGAUUGAGGGAAAACUCAAAGUAUCAAGGACAAGAUAAGCUUCCAGUUAUGUUGUGGAUGAUAGUUCAGGCCUGUCAAGGAGAUCUUGCUAUAGGAUUGUAUUUGUGGUCACAUCAUAUUUUGCCUAUACUUGGAGGCAAAUCAGGGUCUAAUCCUCAGUCCAGGGAUUUGGUUUUGCAGCUAGUGGAAAGAAUUUUGUCUGCACCAAAAGCUCAUACUGUAUUAAUAAAUGGUGCUGUUAGAAAGGGAGAGCGCUUGAUGCCACCUGCCGCGCUUGACUUACUGCUACAUGUAACCUUCCCUGAAUCUUCUGCGCGGGUCAAGGCAACUGAAAGGUUUGAGGCUAUUUAUCCAACUCUUAAAGAGGUUGCUCUUGCUGGUACUCCUGGAAGCAAGGCAAUGAGGCAAGUCUCGCAGCAGAUACAGACUUUAGCUGUUAAAGCAGCUGGAGAAGGGAACCCGGAGCUAUCCCGUGAAGCAAAUGGCAUAUUUCUUUGGUGUUUGACUCAGAAUCCUGAUUGCUACAAGCAGUGGGACAAUAUUUAUAUGGAUAACAUAGAGGCCAGUGCUGUUGCCUUGAGGAAGCUUGCUGAGGAAUGGAAGGAGCUUUCUGCAAAACAGUCUUCUCUUGAAGCACUUAGGGCAAGUCUAAAGAGUUUCAGAGAAAAGAAUGAGAAAGCACUAAAUGGUGGGGUGGAUGUUGCUCGCCAAGCUUUCUACAAGGAUGCAGAUAAAUACUGCAAGACCAACAACGGUACUCCAUGUUUGAAACUUCCUGAAGUUGAGAAAUGA